UUCUAUGCAAUUCGUUUUUUUUAUUCAAUUUGUCAAAGCAAUACAAUUUUCAAUGGCAUCAUCUCUAUGAAGAACUUAUUAAGCUGCCUAAUAUAUAGUUGAAACGCGAGUCAAGAAAUUGAUUAUUGGGUGAAUGUCCGAGUUUAUAUCUGUGUCUAUAUGACUCUCAACCACGGCGCCUUCAUAGACAUCCUGGCCUCGUGGGAGGACCCUCAUUACGGUGGAGCCUCUCCGCCGCCACGGAAGAAGCUGAAAAGGACUCAAGGGGGAGUGGGUUGUGACGAAUCCUGCAGCAGUGGUGGUGGCAAAACAGAGGAAAGCCUAGGAGGUACAGCAAGCAUGCAACAUCAGACAGAAGUAACUAAUGGGGCAUCUGUGCCUCAACUCAAUGGGAGCUCUGACGGAGGCUCGGCCGUAACUGUGAAUGGUGUCAAAGAUGAGACUAAGAAAGCCCUCAAACUUGACCCCAUCAACAGAGACAUGGUUCGCCUCAUAGGGCAACACUUGGCAAACCUUGGUUUUCAGAGCACUGUGGAACAGUUGAUGGCCGAGUCAGGCUGUCGACUUGACCAUCCUGAGGCCCGAAGGUUCAAGUCAAGUGUUGUGGAGGGAGACUGGCAGGCAGCAGAGGCUGCACUGCUUGAGCUCCAGUCUAUGCUCAACAACACCACUCAUCUCACAGAGAUGCGGUUCCUCAUUUUAGAACAGAAGUAUAUGGAGCUCCUGGAGAGAGGGGAUGACAUUGGUGCCCUCAACUGCCUUAGAGGGGAGAUAUCUCCCCUCGACCACAACAUCUCUCGUGUUCACAGGUUAUCAAGUUUAAUAUUCUACAAUAACCCGGCGGAGCUGAAAAAAGCCACCAACUGGCUUGGGUCAGGCCCAGAAAGCCAUAUGGCUUUGAUGGAGCGGCUGUCAGCCUACCUCCCUCCCUCAGUCAUGCUGCCGCCCCGCAGAUUGGAACGACUUGUUAUCCAGUCUGUACAGCAUCAGGUAGCCACGUGUGAAUUCCACAACACUUCUAUUGAACCUCUGUUGAAAGUAGACAACUUGGAGGGGCUGUCGCUAAGUGACGUGGUGGUGUCGAGCAGUUGUUUGUUGACCGACCACCACUGCGGCAAGGAACAUUUCCCGAGCACGUGUCUGUACACCGUCACUGAACACAUGGACGAGGUGCUCGUCGCAGCCUUCAGCCCCAACGGCCGCUACCUCGCCACUGCUGGCAAAGACUUCUCGCUCCUCAUAUGGAAUGUUGACAAUACAACUCUGAAGAUCAGCAAGCGGCAUUGCCUGGAUGGCCACAACUUUAGCAUCGUCUUCUUGUCUUGGAGUCACGACAGCACAAAGAUCAUCGCCUGUAUGCACGAAGAUGCCUCUGAACUCAUAGUUUGGGACGCUGAACGAGGCAAGCAAGUGUGCAAGGUGUCAGAUUCUACCUCGGACUCACUAACGUGCGCCUGUUGGUACAAGGACAACGAAAGGUUCGUGUGCGGAGGACUGCGAGGACAGUUUUAUUUGUGUAACCUGGAGGGGGCGGUGCUUGAGCGAUGGGAGGGCGUCCGAGUGCAGAGCUUAGCUGUCCACGCGGACGGUAAAACUGUCCUCGCUUCUGACACCCAUCGCCGCAUCAGAGGAUACCAGCUCGAGACUGUCCAGGAUUACAGCAUACUGCAAGAAGACCACGGGAUCAUGACGUUCAGUUUAGAUACUACGGGAAGGUUUGCUCUUCUGAACGUGACCACUCAAGGGCUUCACUUGUGGGAUCUCAACAGCAGAACCUUAGUACGCAGGUUCAGAGGUGCCACACAGAAGCACUGUACUAUUCAUUCCUGCUUUGGAGGUAUCAACCAGGAUUUUAUUGCUUCAGGCAGUGAAGAUCACAAGGUGUACAUUUGGCAUCGCAAUCAGGAGUUGCCAGUUGCCGUGUUGUCAGGUCACCAGCUGCCCGUCAACUGCGUCACCUGGAACCCAGUUCAGCCUUCCAUGCUCGUCUCCGUAUCAGACGAUCGAACAAUCAGAAUAUGGGGUCCUUCUCAAACCAACAGACUAAAUCGUGAUGCAGACGCAGCUUCUACUUCUGGGGGUCUGUCUGAUGGUGAUGACGAUGAACCCGAUUCUCCUCGUGCCUCAAACUUCCAGUUUCCUCACAGCCUCAUUUCUGGUCUAGACAUUAGCAGCCACUGAUGUCUAGUACAGCAGGAGCCUCUGUCUCUAGGCCUUGGCAGUCACUGAUGAGCAGUUAUGCAAGUGCCUCUGUCACUAGACCUUGGCAGCCACUGAUGAGCAGUUGUACAAAUGCCUCUGUCACUAGGCCUUGGCUGCCACUGAUGAGCAGUUGUGCAAGCGCCUGUCACUAGGCUUUAGCGGUCAGUGAUUUCCAGUUGUGCAAGCGCCUCUGUCACUAGGCCUCAGUCACUGAUGCCCGGUUGAAACUAACUAGAAGUGGUUCAGUGUCGGUCUCUGAUGCAAAACACUCGCACAGGCGAAGCCUCUUACUUGAGAUUUCGUUUCAGUUACUCAAAGCCGACCGCGGAGCUGCCUUUGUUGUCAAAUGAUCUACUGCAAGGCGCAGAAUCAAACGUCGUCUUUGAGAACCUGUUGACUGACGUGGAAUAGUGAAUAAAAAGCCCUUGCAAAUGAGUGUCUGCUGCGCCUAUCGAGCAUUUCAUUCUGCCUUCGAGUGUGUCACCAUCUCAUUUCAUCUCACUUAGUGUUUCUAAGAAUUAUGGAAGGAUGCUAGUUUCCAUUUAAAGGUGGUGUUGUUAGAAAAUGAGAUGCAUGAUUGCAGCUGUGGUAUCUCUCCUUAUUUAUAUUUCGUUAGCAUUGGAAUGUUGUGUGUCUGUGGACGAAUAUUUCUUUUCAAGGCUGCAAUCUGUGUAUUUCUUGAAUUUUAUUUACAUUUUUGUGUCUAUCUAUUCAUUAAUUUGCUGACUGAUGAGUGCAGGCGUAACUAAAACUGCAACUUGUUGCUCGAAAUUUUCAGUAAGUUGCGGUUUGUCAUUGUUGCUUGGAACUUCGACAGAUGGAAAAUAGGGCUUGAUAAAUAAAUAUUGAGCUGCAUAUCAAGAUCGGCUCCACCAACUCACCUACAUACUUAACGUUCAUAUUUUUUGCUCUAUGAAAGGAUGACAAUGGAGUUUCUAAUUAUUUCCUGGAUGUAUAUGUGCAUUGAAUGAAUACUGAUGUCUGAUGUAUAAUUUGCUACACACUAAACUUCCUUUUUCUACGUUGAAGUUAGCGUCACCAAGCAAAACCCUUGACGGUUUUCAUUUCAUUUUUGGAACGAAAUUACGUCAUGUUUCGGGAUUUAGUGCAAUUUAAAUCUCUUCGCUUUUCCUGAAAAAACUUUAUACGUCUAUUCGCUUUCUGUAUUCCAGAUUUUCUUGUACACUAAUUAUUUGAAUUAACUCUUUGUCAUGGAUAAAUUAAUCUACAAUACCUUCAGUUAAUCAUCGAUCAUUAUUAAUACAGAGGUUCAGAUACAUGCCUUUCUCCUUGCCAAAGACACGAAACUCGUUUUAAUCGAUCGAUUAUCGAGUUACAGUGCCAUUGGUAUUUAGCAGUUUGAUUUAUCAGUACAAACUUAGAUAAGUUUAGUUCUGUAUUUGGGCUUCCUGUUUGAUUCAGGUUUAGAGCUGUUCUAGUAACCUAGCUCGCGGAGACGCUAGUGCCCACUACGAGACCAUUUUACAGCCAUACGGACAGGACACGUUACCAGUACUGCUGUAGCUUUGCAGUAAACUGGCGCAUCAUUUGCAUGCUUACACUAUUAGGAUGGGGUGCCCAGUUAUUAAUUGAUAUAAAUAUGGACGGGGAUGACGUUCGAUAUAUGGAUGUGUCGCAUGAUUUUCAUUGUAAGCUAUUAAAUAACAUUGGGGUCUUCUGCUGUAUUUUCAAACUCGACGUAAAUUUAUUCAUAUUGAUAGAGAUGUCGUUCCUCAAUGAAUUAAUAAACUUCUGCUGUAUUUUCAAACUCGACGUAAAUUUAUUCAUAUUUAUAGAGAUGUCGUUCCUCAAGGAAUGAAUAAACUUGUCUUCAAAUAAAAACUCGUUAAAUAAAAUUUCGCAGAUUUUGAAAUGAUCUGUUUCAAAUUAUUGAUAGGUUGUAAUAAUAUUAUGCACCAGGCGAUAUCGUGCAUCCACUGUUGAUGGUAAACAGAAAAUUUAUUCGUGGUACGUUCUAUUUCUUGCAAAUUCAUAUUUUUGUGUGUAAUUCUGAUGCUUUAAACGUUGUUAUAAACGAAGUCCAAUUGUAACUUCACGAACUGAAUGCCACACGACUGUGUUAGCUUUGAAGUUGAUGAAUUGUAACUACGUAUUUAUACACGUUACCACAGGCCUCAAAACCCAUCACAGGAAUUACUCCGACGAGAAUAGAUGCAGAAAUCUUUUGGCCUGUUAUUAGUAAUGGACCUGUAAUAUUUCGCAAAAACGAAUUGUAAAACUUAUCGUGCGAUUCAAUUUGUUUGGGAAUAUUUUCCAGCUCUGUUCGACAGAUCGAUAUCACGUGUUGGUCAUUUGGGUAGUGGAAAUUAAAGGUUACCUAAUACUCCAAGUUUGUCCAAGUAUGUUUUAAUUAGGAGCAAGGAAAUGUCUUAAUGCGUUAAUUUUAUUCAUCAUAUGCCAAGUUUGCUAUAAGAAAGAAAAAAAAACUUGUUUUUAAAGACACUGCAACGAUUUAACUCGCUUAUAUGCAUCAUUUUUAAAUGGGUAGUUGUGAUUAAUUAAAGUAUGCGGAAAAUCCCCACGUUACGCACGGUUUGCACGUAUGGGCUGGAAGUGAGCGCUUAUUUUGAUGUACUGUUAUGUUAGCAGGCUGUACAGCUAGAGUUUAAAGGAUGGUUGAUUUACGAACCACGUGUAAGUGUGAUCACGCAGGACUUUGGCGUCCUUGAUAAGAAUUGCAAGAAAGAACUUUUCGUGUGUGAAUGAAUGCAUUUUCUAAAGGUUUGUAGCGUUUGUUUGUUAGCAUGUAAAUAUGACGCUGUGUAAUGACUUGCAAUUACAGUAAAGAGAGUCGUUGUAAGAGAGUAAUUAUUAAUGCGUGUUUGUGCUGGUAGUAUAGGUGCUUGAAUUUGCCACGUAAGGAUCCAGGGCUUAUGAUAUUCAGCGUCACAUAUGCUCAAUUCAGUUCAUUCAAAGCUGGUACUGUAUCAUGGCAUUAUUUCAUUUACCAUAAUAACAUUUCAGUCGUAGAUUUCUUCUUGCUCGAUAAAACCAAUCCUUUGAGUGCUGGAGAAUUUCUCAUCCAAGUUGAUUUUGCAAAGACACAGAAGAAACGCGAGAGUAAAUUACCUUGUUUGAAUAUGGCUUCUCGUAAUGUAACCAUUCAAGGAAAUUGCAUGCAAUUCGCUUUAAUAUAAGUUAAUAUUGAUCGUCAAUAACAAUGUUUAGAAGAAUUAACCUGAAUACACGCAUUCAAGUGACAAACUACUUGUUCGACUAUGUACGGUCAGCGUAUGAGGUCAUUAAGCAUUUGGUUCUCAACAUGAAUUACGAGUAUUUGGUUGAAAUGGUAAGAAUAACAUCGGUACGAGAUUAUUGUAAGAUUGAGAAUCUUUUUUAUUGAACCUCAUGAAUAAAAGAUAUCUUUUACGCAACUAUAA